CAUUCGCAUCCAUACCCACACUCACUCUCUCACUCUUUUUCUUCAACUCUCUCUCUCUCUCUCUCUCAUUUCUCAAUGGAGAACCAUUCCUCGUCCUUUUCAAGCCCAAAAGCCUAUCUCCGAGCCCUGGCUCAGACCCCAACCCGACUCGCCCGCCGAGCCGGGUCGGUCUCCACUUCCUACGAUGAAAUGAGCCGAGUCCGAGCCCGCUCCGGUGCCCACAUGCAGAAAACUCUCCGGUGGUUCGACCUCGUCGGACUGGGCCUCGGCGGCAUGGUCGGCGCCGGCGUGUUCGUCACAACAGGCAUGGCCGCCCACUACGCCGGUCCAGCCGUCAUUCUCUCCUACGCCAUUGCCGGCUUCUGCGCCCUCCUCUCCGCUUUCUGCUACACCGAGUUCGCUGUCGAUAUGCCCGUAGCUGGCGGCGCCUUCAGCUACCUUCGCGUCACUUUUGGUGAGUUUGCGGCCUUUAUAACAGGCGCGAAUCUCGUGAGUGAGUACGUGAUGUCAAACGCCGGCGUGGCCAGAAGCUUCACUUUAUAUUCAGGCUCAAUCAUCGGAGUCUCCACCGACAAAUGGAGACUCACUGUGCCGGGACUCCCUGAUGGGUACAACCAAAUCGAUUUCGUCGCUGUCGCUGUCGUUUUGAUCAUGACCGUCAUCAUAUGCUACAGUACGAGGGAGAGUUCGGUGGUGAACAUGGUGUUGACGGCGCUGCACAUUACGUUCAUAGCGUUUGUAAUAAUAAUGGGGUUUUGGCAAGGUGAGUUGAAGAAUUUUACGAAAGCGGGUCACCCGGAAAACCCAUCUGGGUUCUUUCCGCACGGAGCUCAAGGUGUUUUCCAUGGGGCGUCUAUAGUGUAUGUGAGCUAUAUUGGAUACGACGCCGUUUCCACCAUGGCUGAAGAAGUCCGUGACCCAGUGAAAGACAUACCUGUCGGUGUGUCUGGUUCCGUUGUCAUCGUCACCCUCCUCUAUUGUCUUAUGGCAGCUUCAAUGUCUAUGCUUCUUCCUUAUGAUAUGAUAGACUUAGUGGCCCCGUUUGCGGAUGCAUUCAGAGAGAAAUCGGAGGGGUGGGAGUGGGUGUCGAAUGUGAUCGGGGUGGGGGCCAGCUUUGGGAUUCUGACGUCGUUGUUGGUGUCGAUGCUGGGUCAGGCUCGCUACAUGUGCGUCAUCGGACGGUCCUGCGUGGUCCCUUCUUGGUUCGCUAGGGUCCACCCAACCACAUCUACGCCUGUCAACGCAUCCGCUUUUCUUGGAAUCUUAACGGCUGCCAUUGCCCUUUUCACUGACUUAAAUGUCCUCCUCACACUUGUAUCCAUGGGCACUCUCUUUGUCUACUACAUGGUGGCGAAUGCUGUGAUUUAUAGACGUUAUGUGACAGUGGGGACAACAAAUCCGUGGCCAACCUUAUCGUUCUUAUGUUCAUUUACCAUCACCGCCAUCUUAUUCACCCUCACUUGGAAAUUUUCCCCAACAGGCAUGCUUAAAGCCUUCAUGUUAAGUGCCUGUGGUGUGAUAGCACUUGCAAUAUUACAGGCUUUCCAUUGCAUGGUCCCUCAAGCUAGAAAGCCUGAGUUUUGGGGUGUCCCUUUGAUGCCAUGGAUACCUUCAAUCUCAAUCUUCUUGAACAUAUUUUUGCUGGGGUCUUUUGAUGGAGGAGCCUAUGCGCGAUUUGGAAUAUUUUCAGCUCUCGCAGUGCUUGUCUAUGUUUUUUACAGUGUCCAUGCUAGCUUUGAUGCCGAAGAAGAUGGGUUUCUUGGUCAAAAGAAUUCUGAAAUUCAUGUGGAACCAAAAGAAACUGUGGACCUUAUUAAAGUGUAGAAAUUGCUUUCCCUUUUCUUCUCUGGACUUGCCAACUUUUUGUGGGUUGAUGGGUACUUACAAAAAGAGGCUAAAAGUAAAAGAGAAGAGAAUAGAAUAGAAUAUAAUAACUGAAUAACUAUGCUGCAAUUUUGCACAAAUGGAAAAUUGUAAGGUCACAAGUAGGCUUAGGUUGUGAUCCUUUUGUACAUUAGGGUCAUAUAAUCCAUCAAACUCUGAGAGUUGGAUUUUUGACCUUGACAGUGAGUGAUGGAAAACAAAAAGGCUAUAAUGGUCUCUUUCAGUAAA